GACUUUAAAAUGGUAGUUUUUAGUGAACCUUGUGUUGGUUUAUUUCCAGUGUAAAUGCCAGUGGGUUUUAAGGACUCAAAUGGUGGCGAUAGCCAAGUCUCAGUAAUCUGAGCAGGGAUGUCGGAUGUUGGGGAAAGAGAAAAAUGAAACACACUGUCCGACCGACUGCAUCAUGAAGUCCAUUAGUAACAGUCCACUGAAUAUUAUAAGCUUUAAUAGAAAAUUUACUUUAUUUAGGGUCAAACCUGACCUUAGCGCUUUAGAUUCAUGGGGACAUCUAAAUAAACCUUUUUACUUCUCAAAGAGCUGCUCUGUCAACUAUUGUACCUCCUCCCGUCAUAAUAAAACAUGUGUCCACAGAUGAUUAAAUAUAAUACUCACACAAAUUCACUUAUUACGCGAUGUCAAAACAAUGAUGAAUAAAAACUGACGCUGAGGGAUUUAAGCGCGCGUGUUGUUUUAUUUUGAAAGGGUGGGAGGAAAACACGUGGUAAAUGAUUCUGGGCCUCAGAUUGAGGGGGUUUAGGCUGAAGCAGUCAGCGUUACAAGGGUCAGUGUGUGAAAAGCAGCGACUGCUCGGCCUCACGUAUCCCGCUAUUAUAUACUCAGCGGCGGCCGUUUUUUGGACCACUAUACCGAGAAUUACGGUGUUGCCCUGCGGUUGUUUUUCCAGCCGUAGUGCGCUGUCAACGGUGUCUAAUGCUGGUUUUCCUCGCACCAGCCCAGUUAAAUCUCGCUGGUACCGAUUAUUUGUUUUUCACCCCCAAUGUCUGUACCACAGUGGUAGCCAGAUUAAACUAUGCCAGGAUGCACACAAAGGUAAGAAGCAGCAGAGGUAUUCGAGCCCGGUUCACUGUGCUGUUACCGUCCGUCAUCAAAUAGACCCAGCCCGGUGUCGAACACCCUCCACGUCGGACUGGAUUCGGUUCCACUGGUUUUUAGUGACACAGGAUGAGGAAACCCAAAGUAUUUCGCAUGAUUUUUGCUCUGUCCCUGGGUUGUUUCAUGAUGGUCGUCUUCUACUUCAACGCCAUGAAGCCAGAAUCUGUUGUUGAAGAAAGCAGCAGUGUGAAGUCCAGGAGAAGCCCUCUGCAGACACUGUACGAUGGUGACCAGGUUGAGUCGGCAGUACAAGGGAUCCAUCAUGGCCGACGAGAGCUGUUAGAACAAACCUGCCACUCGUACACACACAAACGCCGAGUUCUCAUUCCACAGGACCUGAAGCACAUCAUCGUGGACGACCAGCACGGCCUGCUGUACUGCUACGUUCCUAAAGUAGCCUGCACCAAUUGGAAGAGGGUCCUCAUGGUACUGACAGGCGCAGCUGGGUCCAUCACGGACCCCCUGGCCAUCCCGGCCAACGAGGCCCACGUCCCAGGAAACCUGCGUACUCUCUCUGAGUAUUCAACCUCGGAAAUCAACCAGCGCCUGCGCUCCUACCUGAAGUUCAUCUUUGUACGGGAACCUUUCGAGAGGCUGGUGUCGGCGUAUCGCAACAAAUUCACACGCAGCUACAAUACAGCUUUUCAUAAACGGUAUGGCACAAAGAUAGUGAGGCGGCACAGGCCAGACCCCCAGCCGGAGGCUCUGGAAAGAGGAGACGACGUCUCCUUCGAAGAGUUUGUGUAUUAUCUCGUGGACCCUGCGACGCAGCAAGAGGAGCCCUUCAACGAGCACUGGGAGCGGGUUCACUCGCUGUGCCACCCCUGUCUCAUCCACUACGACGUGGUGGGCAAGUAUGAGACACUAGAACAGGACUCCAGCUACGUGCUGCAGCUGGCUGGAGUGAAAGAGAAGGUCAGCUUCCCGACAUCGUCGAAAAGCACGCGGACUACAGGAGACAUGGCCGCCAGUUUCUUCCAGAACAUCAGCCCGUUUUAUCAAAAGAAACUGUACAAUCUCUAUCGCAUGGACUUCUUACUCUUCAACUAUUCCAUACCAGCCUAUCUGAAGUUUAGAUGAGGCAGGAAUAUCCACCAUCCACAGACUCAUCUUCCAGACUAAAAGCCUUUAAAUGAUUUUGGCCUUAUGACUGACAGCAGCGCCAAAAAGCUGAGGAUCUGUUUCAGUGACAUCAACAGCAAGUCCAGGAGCACGUGCACCGGGGAUGAGGGUUUCCUCAACAUGAUACAAGCCUAAUGAAGGCUGUUUGUAUGUUUUCAACUUGAACUGUGAUCAUGUGAUUAUCCAUCACUGUCUCUGAUAAAGUCUUUACAUUUUAUUCAAAGUUCAAAGGUCAUUUCCAGCAGGGGCCGAGUGUUGUUCUAGUCUUAGUGCAUUGGUUGAAAGACACAUUAACGGCAGUUGAUAUUUUGCAGGUGGCAAGCGAGAAAAAAAAAAAAGCCCUCUUGAGCCGACUAAUGUGCACGUUAGCAUCUGGAGAUGGGCAGGUUCCAGGUUCUACUGAAUGUUUUAAUACUGUAUACCAUGAUGUUUCUUGCUCUCUAUUUCGUUCUCUGUGCUGGCACAAGAGGAACCUGACUGCUAACCUUCAUUAACAAACUAUUUAAGCAAAACACUAGACCAGAAAAUACAGGAUUUGUCUUCAAACGUCUUCUGGUUCAUUGAAAACCAACUAGCGAACCUGUUGUGCCUAUACAUCACCGUGCUACAACUUUUCACCUAACAGAAGCAAUUAUUAGAUGGCUCGAUCUGAUACUAUUGGUCAAAGUAUCACUCUCAGUAUGGGACAUGAAAAUGUUGUAUCAAGUCAUCCCCAAGAGUUACGUCAUCAAAAUACUACCUUUAAAGACACAACAGUGGGAAGUGUUUCCUUCUGGGUUCUACAGAACCUUGAAUGUGCUGCUUUCUCACCAGUGUUGCUCACAAGGUAAUGAUGCCUCUGUGCCUGUGCUAACACUGCUUUAGCAUACAACUAACCAGAUGCAUUAAAAAAACUGUAGCAAAAAAAAUCACAAGAAUUUCAUGCAAGAAGGAAUCUGUGUGUUUGGUUUUUUUGUUUGUUCACAAAAAAUGUUUAAAUUUGAUUUAAAAUGGCAGCCAUUCUCUCUGGAUGUGAGGACAUGUCUCUGGUUACAUAAACUGUAACUUCUCUUCUUGUCUGUUGUUUCCGAAUGUGUAUUUUGCACAAUAUGAGUCUAUUAUUUACAAAGCCCAGUAGCAGAAGAGGGUUGGAAACAAGAUGUACGUGGGUGCCUUUAAAUGUGGGCCAGCAGAUUUAAA